GUAUUCGAUGGGAGAUCUGACCCCAACGACGCCAGAGCCAACCACUGAACCUACCCAACCACCUAUUCAGACUGCUACCCAACCACCUAUUCAGACUGCUACCCAACCACCUAUUCAGAUUGAUUACAUCGGUGCCCAGUUGAAUAUUACUUUCAAUGACAAGAAUUUCACCGAAGCUUUGAACGAUCCCACCUCUCCUGAAUAUCAGGCUUUAGUUGACGAAGUUAUCGACUUGAUAAAUGGACUACUGCAAAAUGGAUACUACGCCGAUGGAAAUACAACUGUUGUGGAAUUCAGGCCUGGAAGUAUUGUGGUUGUCCUUGUGAUAACGUUUGAUGCAUUACCGGAUCCACUCGUUGUCGUUCUAAACGAUGGUGGAACUGAUACCCUUGCUAAUGUCAUUGGUCAGGAAUUAGUCAGCCUACUCACAGAUGGUCUUUCGGAUCAAAAUGCUGCAGUUGAAUUGUCUGACGUGGUAAUUGAAGAAACGACCACAACAGUGGAAACUACUGUAGGGACAACAACCGAAGCAACAGGUCCCGCCACGCCAGAAACAACUCCAGAGUCAACUCCAGACACCACUCCAGGAACCAGUCCAGAAACAUCUCCAGAUACCAGUCCAGCAACCUCUCCAGUAACUUCGCCAACAACCACUUUGGAAACCACAGUAGCUUCUACGACACCGGAACUUACUUGUGCUGAUGACGAGUUCGCCUGUGACGAGGGACGCUGUAUAGAUGAGUCAGCUGUAUGCGACUUUAUUCCUGAUUGUAGAGUGUCCAGAAACGACGAAACAGAAGAUCUUUGUGAAGUUUCCUUGUUGACAGAGGAUAUCAGCGUUACAUCUCGAAGGAACGCGACAUUGAUGGCUCCUGAUAGCUACCCAAGUAGAACCGAAGACACCCCACUGGACUAUAUCCUUUAUCGAUUGACCGGUCCAGCUGACUCUUACCUACACAUUGAUGUCGCUUCUCUACAAUCCGACGGUCCUGAUUCAAUAGUGACAAUAGGAAAUGGACAUGACCCAGUAGAGGCAUACUACCUACCUGAUGGGAUAUUCCUGAGCUCACAAUUAAACUCUGCAUUUCCUAGCACCUACUACACACCAGAUAAUGAAGCAUUUGUAUUACUAGGAAGGGCACCAGAGGAGGAUGUAGAAAUCAACAUCAGGAUUAGCGUAUUCCAAUGCCCACAAGAGGGAGCUGUACCAUGUCUCCGCUCUGCUGAAUGUUACCUUCCAGAUCAAAUUUGCGACGAUGAAAUUCACUGCCAAAAUGGAGAAGAUGAACUCAAUUGCCCAAAUGAAUGUGCCAGUUGUACACCACUGUGGGGUGAUGAUACACCAGUGUGUCUCCGUCAGGAUUGGGUAUGCGAUGGAUAUCAAGAUUGUGACGACAACUCGGACGAAUCAGACUGUCCCACCUGCUUUGAAUGUCCAUCUGGAUCCUCCUAUGACUGUGUUUUUGAUCCUGAAUGGGUUUGUGAUACAUAUGAAGAUUGCAACGAAGGAGAGGAUGAAAGAAAUUGCCCAGUUUUCUGUCCAGAUGGUGAUUUUGGAUGCCCGUGGCCAGAUAGUGUCUGCAUCAACGAGACACUGAUCUGUGACUUUGUGCCUGAUUGUAGGGUGGCGGGAGGAGAUGAAGCUGAGGAAGUGUGUAUGGUCUCUCAAAUAACGGAUGAAGUAAUGGUUCCAUUUAAUGAGUAUAAGAUAUUGAGAAACCCAGAUUCCUAUCCAACAAGGGAUGUCAAUACGUCUAGUGACUAUCAGCUAUACAAGAUAUCAAGCCCACCAGACUCACAUCUACUGAUUGAAAUAAUAAGAGUUACAUUCGAUGGGACUCAAUCUACUGUAUCUGUUGGUAGUGGACUAGAUCCCGUUCAGGCCUUCUUCAGCAACAACAUUGUAUUGGCUUACACCAAUGGAUCGGGAUACGUAGCGAAUCCAACCCCGGCCUAUCAAACAUCACCUGGGAACGAGGCUUACAUCUUGCUUGAAAAAGCCCCAGAAGAAGGGAUUGAAAUGUUGGUCCGAGUCAGUGCAUUUGAGUGUGAAAGUUAUAAUGCAACCCCAUGCUCCAGGUCUAACCAUUGUUAUCUGGAAGAUGAGAUCUGUGAUGGGACAGUGCAGUGUGAACGCAGUGGAGAGGAUGAACAAGGAUGCGGUUCACCCGUCCCAGAUCCAUGCCAUUACUGUGAGAGGUAUGGGACAGAUGAUACGUGCUUGCCUCAGCAAUGGCUCUGUGAUGACUAUGCAGAUUGUAUCGAUGGAUCAGAUGAAUCUGACUGCGGUACUGCUACCUGCUUUGAAUGUCCAUCUGGCUCCCGCUACGACUGUGUUUUUGAUCCUGGUUGGGUUUGUGAUGGCGUUGAAGAUUGCAAUGAUGGAGAGGAUGAAAUUGAUUGCCCAGACCAAUGUACUGGGUUUGUAUGUGAAACCUUCUUUGGCAACUGUCUUCUUGAAAUGUAUGUCUGUGAUGGCAUGCCGGAUUGCUCGGAUGGUACGGAUGAAUUGAACUGUAAUGCUACGGAGCCCCCUUGUUUCCAGUGUCCAUCCGAACCAGACUGCAUAGAUCCAUCUUACGUGUGUGAUGGCGUUGAUGAUUGUGAAGAUGGGUUUGAUGAAGUGAAUUGCACUUGUCCGGAUGAUCAGUACCCUUGCUACUUUGCUGAUUCAAUCUGUCUUAAUUAUACUGCUUUUGGAUGUGAUGGAAACUAUGAUUGUCCAGGUGGUACGGACGAAUUCAAUUGUACAGGUUGUUUUGCAUGUCCUGGGUCUUCAUCAUGUUUACUUGACCUUCAAGUUUGUGACUUUUAUAACGAUUGUCCUUAUGGGGAAGAUGAGGCAGAAGAUCUCUGCAGACACUCUGAGUAUAUCAGUAACUUUGACAUCCAAGUUGGCGUUUGGACAUACUUCAGUGAAGGGUUUGUGAGAGAGAGAACUCUUGAUGAUCGUGAUACUCCAGCAAGCGAAUUCUACGAUUUCACCCACUAUGUCUUUGAAAGUCCUGAAGGAUCUACCCUGUUUAUGGAGAUACUGAAUUUUACAAUGAAUCUGACCGGACCUCUCGUGGACCUUGUGGGUGUCUCUACUGGAGCCUUUACCAACCCAACAGAUAUUUGGACAGUAUUAGCAUAUGCAGAUGGAUAUGGAAAUCUGGAGAGCUAUACUUCUAGUACAAACUUUACCCUACUUUUCAAUACAGGUUAUCUUCUCAUUGCCAUGCCAAAAUCUGUUGCUGGUAUCUUCAAUAUGACUUUCAGGGUGUCAGCUAUUGAAUGUGAGAGUCCUGAAUUCCCCUGUUAUCUCUCUCUGCAUUGCCUGGACAUUGAUACGGAUUAUUGCGACGGAGAGGUUCAGUGUCUUGAUAGUGAAGAGGAUGAAAAUGGAUGUGAAGGUUGCCUAAAUGGCCUUUACCCAUGCUUCACUGAUGAGUCUUGUUAUAAUUAUACUGUCUAUGGAUGUGAUGGAAACUACGAUUGUCCAGGUGGUACUGAUGAAUACAACUGCACAGGAUGUUUUGCUUGUCCUGGUUCUUCGGAAUGUUUACUUGACCUUCAAGUUUGUAACUACUAUAACGAUUGUCCCGAUGGGGAAGAUGAGGCAGAAGAACUCUGCGGACACUCUGAGUAUAUCAGUAACAAUGACAUUCAAGUUGGCGUUUGGACAAACUUCAGUGAAGGGUUUGUAAGAGAGAGAACUCUUGAUGGUCGUGAUACUCCAGCAAGCGAAUUCUAUGAUUUCACCCACUAUGCCUUUGAAAGUCCAGAAGGAUCUACACUGUUUAUGGAGAUACAGAAUUUGACAAUCAAUCUGACCGGACCUCUCUUGGAACUUGUGCGUGUCUCGGCUGGAUAUGGGACCGACCCAUCAUUCAUUGAAUCAACCCUGUUAUAUGUGAAUGGAUAUGAAUAUUUGGAAAGCUAUAGCGCAAAAUCUACCCUAAUGUCCAAUACUGGGUAUCUUCUGAUCGCAAUUCCAAAAUCUGUUGCUGGUACCUUCAAUCUGACUUUCAGAGUCACAGCUAUUGAAUGUGGGAGUCCUGACAUGCCAUGCAUUGCCUCUCUGCACUGCGUAGAUAUAGAUGACUAUUGUGAUGGUGAAGUUCAGUGUCUUGAUAGUGAAGAGGAUGAAUACGGAUGUGAAGCUACGGAGCCCCCUUGUUUCCAGUGUCCAUCAGAACCAGACUGCAUAGAUCCUUCUUACGUGUGUGAUGGCAGUGAUGAUUGUGAAGACGGGUUUGAUGAAGUGAAUUGCACUACCUGCUUUGAAUGUCCAUCUGGAUCCUUUCAUGACUGUGUUUUUGAUCCUGGUUGGGUUUGUGAUGGCGUCGAAGAUUGCAUUGAAGGAGAGGAUGAAAUGAACUGUUCAGCAACCACUCCUACCACCAGUUCUACAAUCAGUCCCGAUACGAGUUCUCCAACCAGUCCUACAGUUAGUCCCGAUACAAGUUCCCCAACUAGUCCUACAGUUAGUCCCGAUACGAGUUCCCCAACCAGUCCUACAGUUAGUCCCGAUACGAGUUCCCCAACCAGUCCUACAGUUAGUCCCGAUACGAGUUCCCCAACCAGUCCUACAGUUAGUCCUGUAAUUAGUUCUCCUACCAGUUCUACAGUUAGUCCUGUAAUUAGUUCUCCUACCAGUCCUACAACUACACGUAUUCCUUCAUCCACUCCUACAACCACUUCUACAAGUCCUACUGAUCAAUGCAAUGAAUUUUUAUGCCGAACGGUUGAUCCUGAAUAUGGUAACUGUAUUUCCAAUGACUCAGUGUGUGACUUCAUAACAGAUUGCUUAGAUGGUAGCGAUGAAGAAGAUUGUGAUUGUUUCAAAUGCCCCAACGAGGAUGCAUGCCUCCUUGAUGCUUUUGUAUGUGACUUCCUUGUGGAUUGCGAACCUGAUGGAGCGGAUGAAGACUUUUGCAAGCAUUCAGAUUAUAUCAGACCACGAAUUGUCACAACUGGAGAAUGGAUUACAAUAGAACAAAGAGCUGGAGAUCCUGUGGAGUAUCGUGGCACACCGGCUAGCGAGAUAUUUUACUUCUACCAUUACGUCUUCCAAGCCGAUUCUGGGGCAACGCUCUUUGUGGAGGUUCUGGACUUCACAGGAACUACAGAUCACUCCCUGGACUACCAUCCGAUUGUGACUGCUGGAGCCGGGGAAGACCCUCUAGCUUCUUUGUCAGAGGAAGCUUACUUUGAUACUUUUGGAUCUGUGGAUAGCAUCAGCUCAACAAAGAAUUUUACACUAGAAAGCAGUACUGGAUAUGUUUUACUUAACUUCCCGAAAAACACAGAAGUUUAUGUGAGAUUCAGAGUCACAGCUGUUGCAUGUGUGGACGGUGAUUCUACCUAUUGCAUUGGGUCUCCCCAUUGCUAUGACGUAGUUACCGAAUGCCGUGAUGGAACUGUACAAUGUCUAUACACUGGGGAGGAUGAAGAUGAGGGCACGGAUUGUCAAGGUUCUCCAGGUCCAACCACUCCUACCACCAGUUCUACAAUCAGUCCCGAUACAAGUUCCCCAACCAGUCCUACAACUAUUCCUUCAUCCACUCCUACAACCACUUCUACAAGUCCUUCUGAUCAAUGCAAUGAAUUUUUAUGCCGAACGGUUAAUCCUGAAUAUGGUAACUGUAUUUCCAAUGACUCAGUGUGUGACUUCAUAACAGAUUGCUUAGAUGGUAGCGAUGAAGAAGAUUGUGAUUGUUUCAAAUGCCCCAACGAGGAUGCAUGCCUCCUUGAUGCUUUUGUAUGUGACUUCCUUGUGGAUUGCGAACCUGAUGGAGCGGAUGAAGACUUUUGCAAGCAUUCAGAUUAUAUCAGACCACGAAUUGUCACAACUGGAGAAUGGAUUACAAUAGAACAAAGAGCUGGAGAUCCUGUGGAGUAUCGUGGCACACCGGCUAGCGAGAUAUUUUACUUCUACCAUUACGUCUUCCAAGCCGAUUCUGGGGCAACGCUCUUUGUGGAGGUUCUGGACUUCACAGGAACUGCAGAUCACUCCCUGGACUACCAUCCGAUUGUGACUGCUGGAGCCGGGGAAGACCCUCUAGCUUCUUUGUCAGAGGAAGCUUACUUUGAUACUUUUGGAUCUGUGGAUAGCAUCAGCUCAACAAAGAAUUUUACACUAGAAAGCAGUAGUGGAUAUGUUCUACUUAACUUCCCGAAAAACACAGAAGCUUAUGUGAGAUUCAGAGUCACAGCUGUUGCAUGUGUGGACGGUGAUUCUACCUAUUGCAUUGGGUCUCCCCAUUGCUAUGACGUAGUUACCGAAUGCCGUGAUGGAACUGUACAAUGUCUAUACACUGGGGAGGAUGAAGAUGAGGGCACGGAUUGUCAAGGUUCUCCGGCUCCAUAGUAGAUAUAUCAUGCUCUAGCUUUUUUCUUUUAAAAAAAUUGGUUAUGGUAACAAAUAGGAAGUUUCUAUGACAGACUUGGCAUCAACCAAUCAAUACACAUAAUGUUAGUGAUGAUAAAAAUGUCAUGAUAGCAAGGUUUAUGAAGCAGGGUCCUGAUAAUGAUUCUUAUCACUUCCACAGUUCUGAAAAAGAUAUUGAGUGAUUGCACUUCAGGUGCACAUUGAAGAUUGAUUUUUUUUUAAUUCUUAUUAUUUCACACAUAUAUUUGUCAGCAUGCAGAGCUUAGAAAUAAUGUAUUAAGUGCUAUAUAAUGCAUAUUGCAUCAUAUUAUUUCUAUGCAAAGGUUAGAAUUAGUUGUAAACAUUAUAUGUGUUGUACAAGAACAUGUACCUUUGUAUGUAAUUUUACGCUUAAAUUGUUUGAAAUCACUCGUGUAUAUAUAUAUAUAUAGUAUAAUCGUAACAUACUUUGAUAUGCCUUAAACUUUGCUUCCAGUAAAUGUCUUAUAAUUAACAAAAAACUACUGACAAUGCAAAGACUUUGCUAGAAAAUUUAAUUAUUAAAUUGAAUUAUUAAAAGAAAUAAUUCGGAAGAAAAUCUACUGAAACAUAAAGGGCAGUACAACAGAUCAUUGUAUUUCAGGGGGAAAAAAUCAUGCCCUUGAAAUGGUAACAAAAAAGAGCCCUGAAAAAUCCCUAUUCAAUGUAAAAUUUUAUCCAAUGCUGCAGAUUACAGCCAGUGGAUCAUGAAAAGAGCCCUUUUUUUUAAAUGUCUGAUGUACAGUUGUGCUCAUAUGUAGUGAAACCCAGCAGAAAAUGCACUCCUUCAUGCCGGGUAUUGAAUGGAGACAAUUUCACUACAAUGUUCUGCCCCUGCCAGCCCAGAGAAACAAACUGUAUUGAAUGCACCAUUAUUAUCACCUGACAUCACAAUUAAAUAUCUAAAACGUGGCAGAAAUUGAACACUUGAAAAAUGUUCAUUUUCUGGUGGGUUUCACUUUUAAACACCACUGUAUAUACCAGAUUUUGCUCUCGGGACACUUUCUACUGUGUGAAAAUAGUGAUACGUAUUAAACACUACCCGUUAAAGGUACUGGCAUUUAGAAUGCCUUUGAAGGACACUGCAGACAUAAGAAUUAGUGUGACUCAAUUUUGGAAUAAAACUUUGUAACAAUUCAUGUGAAUACUAUAAAAGGCAUGCUCCCUUUUUUACAAUCUUUUUUUUUAUUUGUAGGAAAAUCAAAGGGAAUGUAGUGUGUUUUAUAUUAUAUUGUACUGUUGCAUUAAUGAACUUAUUAAAGAGAGUUAAAAGAAAUAUAUUUUUUCAUGUUGCAAUGUAAGAUUGGUUUUAAAAAUAUAAACAUAUAUAAUUAUAUAAACAUUUACAAGCAGCUGUAAAGGUACAUUUCUAUUCACAUUUUAUGGUGUAUAUUGGAAUCUGAGGGUUGUUGUAUCUUACGUUAUCUUUUAGUAAAUGUAAAACAUGUGACCAGCCACCCCAAGACCAACAAUAAGUCGCCCGAAAGGAUUAUUGUUUAGAUUUUUAUGGAGUGUUAAAAAGCAUAUCCUAAGCUUUGAAUUGAACUAGUUGAAAUCGAUCAGCAAUAACCCUCACAAGUAGUUGAUUGAAUGCCCAAGAUAUUCAAUGAGAUUUGAAAAAAAUGAGGUGGAAACAAGGUUUCAAGUUCGGGGUUCAAUCAAACAUGAACUGUAUCUACUGUGAAAUUUAUGUGAAACUUUCCAGUAGCGUGCAAAAUGCAGUGUCAAAGAAACUCUAAAUCUUGUCUUUUAUUCAGCAGUAUUCAGCUUUAAGUUUUGGCAGAAUGAAGACGGAUUACUCUGACUUUCAGAUAUUAGCAAUUUUCCGAUUGUCAAUUUUUGAAGUCCCGCAAAUUACUAUUUUGGCUAUUUUCAGAGAACUUUCCUCUUGGCGUAUUGUUGCUUUGGGAGUGGCUGGUCUCUUAUGAUCAUUAUCAGGGUAGGAAGAAUCUGACAGUGAGUAGAAUAGCAUCAUUUAUAUUUCAAUGCCUUCAUAGCAGAGUUCCCGCAAAAAGUCUGUAUGGCGUCUAUCCCAAAGCCUCAUUGUUC